AUGGUCGCUGAGUGCUCUACCGCAGCUUUGCUGGCGGGUUUUGUGGAAUUGGACCCAGAGAGACACAAGGGAGUGUUCGAGUUUCAUGCUCCGUUGUUUUCAGCUGACCGCCUAUUUGUGAAGGACAGCAUUGUUAUGACUUUUGUAGCAGGAGGUACUGCUACAACGCGAGACCGGAAGGAAUCUGGGAACCUGGCGGUGGAUUACAGAUCGGCAUAUAAGACCUACAAAAACUGGGUUCGGGGUGCCGAGUGGUUGGCGGCUGCUGUCAUGAGGUAUGCGGAGGACGAUCCCGUUAUUUCGGUAUGGCCGGGAUACUGCGGCUUUGUCGACUGGGGACCAGUGAGUGCGUUUUAUGAACCCCUCUUAUUGCCGGGUAACAGGCCGUUGAAGAGGAAGCCGGCUGACAUAUUGCAUAAUACAGAUGACUAUAACCGGGCGGUGGCGACAUUGUGCCAGCACCCGGGAUACGAAGGGUUUGAUUCCUCCAGAGUUUUGCACUGGUUCCAGAAUGGAAUCUCCAGCCUUUAUAUGCAUGAUCCGUUGUUCGGCGGCUGGUUGGUGGAGUGGUACCGCCGGCUGAAUCUGAGUGAGUUGCCUGUGGGGUUGUCGGAUUUGAGGAACUUGCUUUGGGCUUCGAAGACGAACGUGGUCACCUCGGUGGAGUGCAUUUUGUACUGGACCAUCCUCGAGGGCGAGCUGGGAUUGUUGCACUUCCGCAAUUUGGCGGAGUUGCUGCCUCCACUGGCUUUUUCGCCGACGAUGAUGAUGUUGCCCAACUCGAUUGCGGGCAGUCAGGUGCAGCAGACGCAGGCGUCGAACCUGUCUCGGCACUGCAUCAAUCUGCAGCAGGUGAGCGCGGAGGGGCCGCGACUCAUCACCAUUCCGGACAUGUUGCUGCGGCGGUGUCCGUUGGACGUGCUGGUGCUGCGGGGCGAGCAGGGGAGCGACGUGGGGUACAGCAGCGGGAUGAACUUCCCCACCUUCGCCUCUUGGGCGCUGAGUCACGACGCGGCGGCCUGGAGCGGGGCGGGCGCGACGUUGUUAAUGUCGCUGCGCACGGGGCUGUUGGAGUUUUGGCACGGGAACUGCAUUACGGGUUACGAGUUCCGCAAAUGGGUGAAGAGUUACGGACUGGGCACGCGCGACGUGUGUCAGUACGUGUUGCUGAACCCGCUGAAUGUGUUCCAUGCGCACCUGCAGGCGUUGGCGAUGCGCGAGCUCGUGACCAAGGCGUUGAAGCGGCACGUGCAGCAGGGGCUACGGCUGCAGCGGGCGCGGAAGCUGUCGCAGCAGCAGGCGCCGCAGGUCGCUUUGCCGCGACCGUACGACCCGCGAUUCGACCCUGCGCAGGUGGUGCGGCAUUUCUUUGCCAGUUCGACUGCGGUUAUGGACGAGAUGGCGCGCUGGUUUCAGAGUUUUCGGCAGAACGUGGCGGCACAGAGCGCGGCUUGGUGGGAGCAGAACGUGACACCGGACUUCACGGCGUUGCUGACGGUGACGGCGAGCAGUCCGUUGCUGGCGCUGCCGUCGGCGACGGAGGUGUUGGACAACGUGAAGAAGGUUAGUGAGAUCGCGCGGUUGCCGGCGACGUUGCUGGCGACCUGCCUGCGCGCGGGACUGCGCUUUGACCUGGGCGAGGAGGCGCCGACCUACCGGUUUCUGGGUACGUGCUUGCGGCAGGUGGGCGAAGGUGUGUUGGACUCGGUGGUGCAGCGCGCCUCGAGGUUGUUGCGGGCGGCAGCGGACGCAGCGGCGGAGUUGGAGGUGAAGUUGCCGGAGCACGUAUUUCCGCGCGUGUUGCUGGCCUGUGGGAGCGGGGCGACGCGGCGGGUGCGAGCGGCGGAUGAUCAGCGUGCGGCGGCGCUGGAGCGUUGUUGGCACUCGCCCUCCUCUUUCGACUACCGUUCGCGAGGUGUGCCGCAACAGGCGGAGUUCAGUGAGCGCACGGCGUUGCGGGCGGUGAGUUACGGGCUGCGUCCAUUGGGUAUGUCGCACGGUGCGGUUGGGCGGCUGAGUGCUCAGCUGCGUCACCGCAAAUGGCCUUGCCAGCCGCUAUGUGUGCGCGAGCCGGAGGGGUUGUGCAGUGUGUGGGCUCAGUACGCGCGCGCGGUGGAGGCGGGUUUUUUGAUCGGUCUGUACUGUGCGGAGACGGAGGUCUGCGAGUGCGCCCGCUGGCCCCGGUUAUUGCUCGAGUAUGCCUACGCCGCGCUGCAGCACGGCGAACUGGAUGUGGCCUACCACUGCGCCAUCCGCGUCGCGCGUCUCCGCGCCGAAACGCUGCCGCGGAUUGAGGAUGCGGUCCGGGCGCGCUACCUUCUCUUCGAGGUCGCCUGCGACGCCAGCAUCCCGCUCGAGCACGCUGGCCGACUCUACCGCGCUUGGAGCGACGUGAAGCGCAAGCCAUUGAGCACCGAGGGCCGCUUCGACACGAUCCGGUGUCUCGAAGAUAUUUAUGCGCACAUCCCCGCCGUGCAGACGGACGGAUUCGUCAGUGGGCAGCAGACGGUCGUGCCGCUGUUCAAUCUGACGCUCGCCACGCGGCUUAUGGCCGCACUUUCCGGCUCCGCUGCGGCGGGCGAAAGCAGUGAGGCGAAAUUGCUGAGCAAGACCGUUUCGCGACUGCUCGAGACGACCGUCCAGCUUCUGCAGCUUUGCCACUCACAGUACGUCCCGCUACCGCCGCUGUUGCUGCUUGCUUUCCGCGCGCGCAUCAGUUACUACCGCCGCGUCUGCCAGCUCUGGCCUGAGGGUACGGCGCGCGGGAGCCUGCGCCACGCCUUCGCCGGCUACCUUAUGGAAGCGCGGGAGGCGCCGUGCGUGAGUGACAAGGUCUUUGGUGUAGAUGUGUACUACUUUUGCCUGCUGCGGUGCAUUUCCGAACACCGCAUCGCCAAACACCGCAGCCGCGAUCUGCGACCUGUGCCGGUCGACGAGCUCGUACUGCCCAUCGGCGCGAGCAACGUAAACCGGCAGGAAUGCGACCCGGACGGCUCGAUCGCGCAGCUGUGCUGGCUCGCUUCUGUCCUCGUGGAGUCGAGUGCCUCGCCGCUGCAGCCUGAGUGCAUCGGAGCACUUAUCCUCUGCGGCAAGGACUUGGUUGUGCGCAGCAUCUCGGACAUGGCCAGCGCCUUCACGGACAUGCGCGGCCCACAGGACGCGGCCUUUGCCGCUGCGUUGCGUGACGAAAGCCUCGGACUCAGGGUCGACAGCCGACUAGGCGACGAGAACCUGAACGUGGACUACCUCUUCGCGCCCGGCUAUCACCCCAAGGCCGACCGCCAGCUGCGCGCACUGCAGCGCGUGCUCGGCCUAGCCUGGUAUAACCCCAGUCGCCAGCGCCUGCUCGAGGUAGCGACCAACGUCUGCUACCGUGUCGCCUAUUACCGGCUCGUGCUCAAACUUAAAAAUCUGCGUCAGUACAAGACCGUUACGCUCCGCGACCUACGCGACGGUCAGACCGUCGUGCAGGAGGUCCCGCUCGAGCACGCUGACCAGACGCUGGCCAAGUUGCGCGAAUUGGCCUGGGAGAUUUUAUGUGCUAAGGCGCUCGGCCUCUCCGAAACGCAGGAAAUGGCGCUCGUCUCGCAGUGGCAAACGCAGGGCACCUACGUGCGCGACCGCGUGCAGAUCCGGCUGAACAAAAGCCUCGGCGACAACCCCUCGGUCGGCAUUAACCAUGCGUUCGUGCAGGAAGAGUACCAAAGUCUGCGCGACUACCUCACGCGACACCUCGACGAACGUACGCGCCAGGGCAUCAUCGACCAGUGCCUCGCCUGGUGCGACCGCAGCGAAUAUCCUGGCAUCCAGAACUACGUGCUCGACCGCACGCGGACGCCGGCGCGCUGGUUCACCGACCAUGUGCUGUCUGGCGGCUCGCUCGAAAGUUCCGUCAUCUUCGACAUCAUUCGCGGCAGCCACACUACGCACUGGCUCCGCGCCAAAUGGCUCAUUCACUACCUGUCCUCCGUCGUGGGACUGCGCAGAGCCGAGUCCGCGCGUGAAGAUGCCGCCGCCCAAGGCCCCGCCGGCAUGCGCCACGCCGCCGUCUACAACCAGUGGAUGCUCACUGCCCGCGCCGCCGACAAGGUCGUCGACAACCUGCCCGCGCUGCUGCCUGUAGUCCGCAUGCGCCGCUCCUGA